AUGUCAAAACAGCCACAUCUUUACAGCGAUUCGAGUAGCGACGAGGUCGCGGCUAGACUACGUAAAUACGUCCUGCAGGCUCAGAAAUCAGCCUUUGCACGACAUCAGAAGUUCCAAAUUGCUGUAUCAGGAGGUUCGCUACCCGCGACCUUAUCGAAAGCCCUGCUCUCUCCAGACAAUGGAACGCUAGACGACAAGCCACAAUUCUCCAAAUGGGAGAUAUUCUUCGCAGAUGAACGUGCCGUACCUCUUGACCACGAAGACUCGAAUUAUGGACUGUUGAAGAAAGACCUCUUGGACAAAAUACCGCCUAGUACAGGAUCACCUCAAGUCUUCCCAAUAGACGUGGAGGUGCUAGACAAUACUCAAGAAAUUGCUGAUCGGUACCAGAAGGUCUUGAGCGACCAAUUCGCAGGCAAGGACUCCGUAAGAUUGCCUCUGUUCGAUCUGAUCUUGCUUGGAUGUGGUCCUGAUGGUCAUACCUGUUCUCUAUUUCCGGGACACGAGCUUUUGCGCAAAACAGAUUCGUGGACUGCCGCGAUCGAAGACUCACCCAAGCCUCCUAAGCGCAGAAUAACUCUUACCUUGCCAGUAGUGACACACGCAGACCAGAUUGCGUUCGUCGCGACCGGAGGUGGCAAGAAAGAUAUACUCAAAAAGAUUCUUGAUAGUGAAGACGGCCGAAGCCUACCUUGUGGUUUGGUCAACGAACAAGGUGGAGACAAAGUCAGUUGGUUUACUGAUAGUGCUGCUACAGAAGGCGUGAGCUUUCCACAGAAGGGAAGCCUGUGA